GUUUUUGUAAAGUGAAAGUUAAUUUCUAAUUUCUUCCCUUUCCAUUUAAUUGUUUUCUUUUAAUUAAGUUUUUGAUUGUUUAAUUUAAAUUGAUUUACUACUCAUCUGUGGUUCAACUAUGUUGAAAGGUUAAUUUAAUUGUCCAUUCACAUCAACGAUUGCCAAUAGAUUUUCAUCUUGUCUGAUGUCCACCGGAUUAUACUGAUUCUUUAUUGACCAAACGAUUUCUGUUGACUAAGAAAAUCUUAUCUUCUGACUUUAUCUGUGAUUUGCUGUAAAUCCUUUUUCAAUAGAUAUUCAUCAAUUUCCGUCACUUUAACCAUAAUUACACAUCAAUUAAAAACGAUCGAUCUGUCAGAAUCCCAAUCAAUCAAGGUGGUGAACUAUUGGUAACAUCAUUUUCUCAAUCUCUUUUCUGCCUUUAUUAUUCUUCUUCGUCGCUCUACUUAACAACAAUUCAGUUUCAAUUAGUGACCUUAUCUUAAUUUCACAUGAAGUUUGUUAAAUAUACUUCCAUUGGACUUAUCAUCGGUUUCGGUGGAUAUGCUUGUUAUCGGUUAAUUGUUAAACAACGAUUAGUUCAUCAUGUAAAACUUGCUGUGCCCUCUCAUGCUAAUCCUCAGCCAUUUUUAACCGAUCCAGUUGAGAACAAAGAUUCAUCUACAACAACAACAACAAGUCAACAAAAUAUUUCGUGUUCAAUUAUAACAACAGAAGCAGCAGAAGCAGCAACAGCCACUCUAUUUACAGAAAAUGACGAAAAAGAAAAAGAAAUAGAAUCAUCUACUUCUCCUCCAUCAAUUACUACUACACCUCAAGUCUCUUCUCUUCAAUCAUCUGAUACGGAACAACAACCACCACCAUUGACGAUUGAGUUGAAGGAGCAAAAGGUUAAGGAAACUCAACUCGAAUUGAUUGUUGAACAAGUUGUUAAAGACUUAAUAAGUAACACUAAUAAGGAAAAAGAGACCGAUGGUGAAUCUAAGAAUACUUUAAAUUUAACUGCAGAUAAUUACGAUCUCUCCAUUAACCACGAUACUACAUUAAAUUGUGAAAAUGAUUUAUCGAUCUCUUCGAAUAAGAAAAAUGGUCCAAAGGAAGUGUCUCUUCUUCCGGCUGACUCAUCAACCAACACAAAUUGUAGUUUAGAUGUUUGUCCAUCGACUCCCUGUUCAUCUCCAUUAGAUGUUUCAGAAUUUGAUGGUGAAUUGUCAACAAUCGGAUCAAUUGAUUGUUCAAAUCAACGUUCAUUUUCAAUGACCUCUCAAUCUAGUAUGCUCGGUGAAGGUAUGGUUGCGAAAUUGGAGCAACUUUUACAAGAAGUAGGAAAUUUGAAAGAAACUGUUGGAGAAAUGAACGCUGACCUUGUAACUGUACGAAAAUUGGAACCUAAAUUAUUAACAAUAUCGGCCGAUAAUGUUUCUCUUGGAGAUGAAACUAACGGAGAUUCAAUUAUGCUCAAUGGUAAAGAUGAAUGUUCUCAAACCCCAAGCCUCGAAUGGGAUUCCAAUGGGAUUAACCUUCUCUCGGAUCCUGAUUCAAAUCACUCCACCAUAAAAGAGGAAGAUGAAUCUUUACUCAGCGAAUCCUUAUUGAGUGAUAAAAGUGAAUUAUUUAGUCCAAUCAGUUCCGGUUCACUUAAUUCUACAGCGGAACCUUCACUAUUUAUCACAACGUUUGGAGAUACUUCCAAUGAUCAAACAGAUAAAGAAAUGAGUUCUCUACAGUUUUCAACUUCUGAUGCCAAUGAAAAUUUUGUUUAAUUUUGAAAGAAAAAGGAUUGUUUCAAUUGUCGAAAGAUGACAAAACCAAAAAUUCGUUAUCUUAUUGACAAAUAAACUGUAAUAUUGUGUUUGCUUAUCAUCGAAAA